AAAUAAAAGGUGCCCGUCGCCCGCCUGUUUUUAUUGGAACUUAAAGGAAGUAGCAAAAGUGGCUCACGGUAUAAUUCACACUCCUAAAGAAUAAAUAAGUAACCCUCUCCUUAUUAACUGACUAAAACUCCUAGACUGCCCUCUCCACCAGCACCCGAUAGGGAUACGUUUCGCAGGUUGACAAUGUUUCAUGGAAAUAAUCUGAAUAAGAGAAGUACGCGCUCCAUUUUCCUUUCCAUAGUUCGCUAUACACAGGCGUAGUUUGAGGCAACCCUUUAUCUCCGGGGUCCUCAUUUUGGCCGCCGCGUCAUAGCUGGUAGCCGCCUCUUUCGCUGACUGAACGUCUGGCCGACCAAUCGUAAAGCAGGAUUUCCCCUGUCACUAGCCAGGCCUCCAUACCCUGCUGGCGCAGCGGAGACACACAUACACACGGCGCGGCCGGCCUGUUGUCUCGGCGGUGGGGGUCACCGGAGCAUGAAGUUUCCGUCCGCUCUGUGACUUCUCGGUGUCCCUUUCUUCAGAGGGGCCAUGCCCGGCGCCUGCUCCCCGCAGACCGGUCCUGGCUGAGUCUCCCCCGCACGAGCCAUGUCCGCCACUUACACUGACCUGAGGGAGAAGCUGCAGUCCCUGAACCGGGACAGCCCGAAGGAAGUGCGGAAGCGCAAACAACCGGCCUCGGACACGGAGGAGGAAGAUGAAGCGGGGUCCGAGCCGGAAGCAGAGGAGGAGGAAGCGCGGAAGGUUCGGAGGGGGAUCCGCCAGAUGCGGCUGUUUAGCCCGGACGAGUGCGCCACAAUUGAGUCGAAGAUAGACGAGGUGGUGUCCCGCGCUGAUAAGGGGCUGUACCAGGAACACACGGUGGAUCGGGCCCCGCUCCGCAACAAGUACUUCUUCGGGGAAGGUUACACGUACGGGGCGCAGUUACAGCGCAGGGGCCCCGGGCAGGAGCGACUCUAUCCCAAGGGCGAGGUGGAUGAGAUCCCGGGCUGGGUGCACGAGCUGGUGAUCCGCCGCCUGGUUGAGCGCAGGAUCAUCCCCGAGGGCUUCGUCAACAGCGCCGUCAUCAACGACUACCAGCCCGGCGGCUGCAUCGUGUCCCACGUGGAUCCCAUUCACAUCUUCGAGCGGCCCAUCGUCUCCGUGUCCUUCUUCAGCGACUCGGCGCUCUGCUUCGGCUGCAAGUUUCAGUUCAAACCCAUCCGCGUGUCCGAACCGGUCUUCUUCCUGCCCGUGCGGAGGGGCAGCGUCACUGUACUCAGUGGCUACGCGGCCGAUGAAAUCACUCAUUGCAUCCGACCACAGGACAUCAAGGAAAGACGAGCCGUUGUCAUACUUAGGAAAACAAGAACAGAGGCUCCUCGACUGGAAAUGAAAUCCCUGAGCAGCAGUUACCAACCUGAGCGCCUGCAGGGCAGCAACAGGCAACAUAUCCUAAAACCAAAGCGCUCCCAUCGCAAGGCUGACCCAGAUGCUGCUCACAGACCUCGCAUCCUCGAAAUGGACAAAGAGGAGAACAGAAGGUCGGUACUUUUACCAAAACAGAGGAGGCGGAGCCACUUCAGCUCCGAGAACUAUUGGCGAAGGUCACAUGACCAUGUGGACACCUACACAGAAACGGGAGAAGACGAGGGCAGCCCAGUCCGUAAAGUUAAAAUGAGACGACACUGAGGCGGCCACUUUCUCAUCCCAAGAAGUCCUGACUUUUUUUUUUUCUUCAGACUUUCUAAUUUUUUUCUCCCACUUGGCUCUCCACCGUUUCUCUGUGAUUUUUGCCCGGCGGCUAUGGGGACGCAACGGAAAUGAUGGUUCCCCCUGCUGCUCAUGUUUAUUCCACCCUUCACAUUCUAGAAUUGGAGUAAAAGCCGGUGGCUACCAUGAACACUGUUUGAGGGGGAGGCUGCGAGGGAUUAGUCACCCUGAAUACUGUUGCAAUGGGUGAUUCCAGGAAGUCUCAGCGCUGCAGUUAUCGCUGCACAUUGGCGUAUAAUAAGGAUUCCUGUUGCUCGUGCGGCAGCUGCAAACGAGGGAUCGGAACGCGUCGGAGUACAAUAUACAAAGGCUCCCGUGGGAAUAGUUGGUUGUGGUUUCAAUAUUUUGUUCAGCGCAGUUUCUCCAACCUGCACCCUUUUCUUCUGUUUCCCCCAAAUAAAAGCAACUAUUCUAAUCACGAA